AUGUCUGCUCCCAGCGCCCUUGCCAACACCUCCUACGACUCCGACGAGGGUCGCAACCAGCGACAGUUCGUUGUCCCUCUGCCCACUGCCACCGGUCUCAGCCGCCCUGCUGGCCAGCUCAUUCGCGGUGCCACCGACGACGAGGGCAAGCAGAAGUCCGCUGCCCUCCUUGUCGGCAUCAAGCUGGACCUCGAGGCUGAGGUCCACCUGACUGCCCGCGUCAAGGGUGACAUCUGUGUCGGUCUCUACUAG